AUGCGAGUGGUGCGGGUGCCGUGGGUUGCGGGGGUGGCGGUGAGGGUGCGGUGUGGGGGUGGGAUGGGCGAGUGGGAAAGUGUAGAGCUGGGGCUGAGGGUGGCGGCUUGGGUUGGGGUGGGGCUGGUGGGGGUGGCAGUGAAGGUAAGGGGAGUGGCUGGAUUUGGCGGUGGGGGUUGGAGACUAGGGAUGGGGGGUGAUGGUGAGGGUGGGCGAAGAGUGGAGAGGGGUAGAGCGGGGACUGUGGGUGGCGGCGUGGAUUGGGGUGGGAUUUGUGGGGGUUGGGGUGGGAGUGGCGGUAAGGGUGGCGGGGGCUGGCGGGUAGCAGUGAGGGAGCGGGGUUGGGUGGGAGGGGGUGGAGGUGCGAGUGGUGCGAGAGUCGUAGAUUGCGGCGGUGGUAGUAAGGGUGCGGGGUGGGGGUUGGACGUUCGAGUGGUGCUGUGGGUUGCGACGGUUGCGGUGGGGGUGGUGGUGGGGUUGCGACGAGUAGGGGUGGGUGGGAGGGCUAGUGGGGAGGUGUGGAGCUGGGGGUGGGAGAGGCAGUGUGGGUUAGGGUGGGACUGGUGGAGGUGGGGGGUGGCGGUGAAGGUAGGGGGAGUGGGUGGGUUUGGCGGUGGGGUUGGAGACUUAGGAUGCAGGGCGGCGGUGAUGGUGGGGGGAGAGUGGGGAGGGGUGGAGCUGGGGUUGUGGGUGGCGGCGUGGGUUGGGACGGGGCUGGUGGGUGUGGGGGACUGGGGAUGGGCGGGGUUGGUGGGGCUAGCGGUGGGGGUGGGGGUUGGUGGUGAUUCAGCCUCUCCAACAUAA